GGGAGGGGGCAUUAAGAAGUUUCAUGGCAGUCGUCAUUCUAGUUGUACUGGAGGCACUAAAAACAGCUUUUUCCUCCAUUAGACUUACAACAUACAGUAGCAACUGUAUUGAAAUUGUUCCUUCCUAUUUUGGUUUUACUAUCCUUUUUUGUGCGUCACACAGGACCAAGCAGCUCGAGCUCUACGUUGAUGGAAAGUCACAGUAAAGAUAUCUGAAGAUGGAAAAAGGAUACCCUCCACAAGAAUCAGCUCCACCCUACCCUGGCCCACCUCUGGACUAUGGGGGUGCAGUGCCUCAGCCAGGGAUGUACCCUCAGCCAGGGAUGUACCCUCAGCCAGGGAUGUACCCUCAGCCUCAGCCCGGUUUCGCUCCUCCCCCUGUAGGCCCUCCACAUGUUGGAUACCAGGGAGGUGUUCCUUUAAAUGCAGGCCCAGCUGCACCUACCACAACAGUGACUCACGUGGUUGUAAGGCCUGCACUGCAUGACGUCCCAGGACAGACGGUGUGUCCCCACUGCCAGCAUACAGUGGUCACCCAGACAGAGCACACAGCAGGCCUGAUGACCUGGGCUAUCUGCGGCGGCCUCGCCCUCUUUGGGUGUUUUAUCUGCUGCUGUAUCCCGUUCUGCAUCGAUUCCUGUAAAGAUGUGGAACAUCGUUGUCCAUCCUGCCACAGAAUCAUCUACAUAUACAAGCGAAUAUGAAACUAUCCUGAUUGUGGAUUGGGAAGAGGAAGUCACCUUAUUUCUAGAGCAUUUCAUAUUCAUCAAAGUAUAUUGAACACCAAAGGUUUUUUUAUUCAUUUGUAACUUUGUAUACUUAGUAGUUAUUUGGUGGCUCUUUUCCUUUGUCGAAUUUGUUUCGUUAUACUAAGAUAUACAUGCUAAUGUGUGAGGAAAAAUGUGGCAUGGGAGGAGAGGAUAUAGUAAUGUAAUGUAAUUAUAGCCGAUGAACAUACAGUACCAAAUAUUGAAUGUUAAAUGGAAAAUAUUGAAUUUUAUUGUUUUAUUGACCCUCAGGACAAUAAUUUUGACAAUGUUUCCCUCUGAAAUAGAAGUGACUGAGUCCCUCCAUGUAAAGGUGUAGAAGAAUUAUACAGUUACAUAAAGUGGAAAUAUUACUCUGCUUUCCUGACAUGAAACUCUCAUUGGAGCAGAAAAGUAACUAAAUUCAUUUACUUAAGUGAGGUUAUUGUAUUUUACUGUAUUUUCUUCUCUACUACCUUUGCACAUUGAGAUUACAUCAGAUGUGGAGACAUAUAUCAAGUGAUAUAAUACAUCAUUAUGGAUGAAACUACCCGGCAUUAUAUAAGGUAUGUUAAUAUAAUGUAAAUAUAACAUGAAAAUGCUGAUUACAUGUUAAUGUGUGUGUCUGUGUGUAUAUAUAUAUAUAUGUAUAUAGCUUGAUAGCUAGCUAGCUAGAUAGAUAGAUAUGAAAAGGUAUAGUUCCUAAAGGUAAAGUCCACCCCUAAGAGAUGAACCAAUAUGUCACCACUUAGUGUAAACCUGAGCCUACCAGCAAGUGAUGCACUGACGGCAUGUUUCCCAGGUAAUGGAGAAAAUAAAGAACAUGGCCUGUAGGGUUCUGACAUCUUUGUGCAGCACCAGGCACUGUGACAGCUGUGACUUUGCCCAUUAAGUAAACCAAAGAGACCAGCACACAGUUGCCUCAGCAUUACAAUGUAGCGGACCAAUGGUGGCCAAAAUGUGUAUUGAGUUGUUGGGAUAGUAGAAUAUACUGUAGGCUCUGAACCAAUAAAGCAUGUUUACAGACA